AUUAUUGCACGUCCUGGUUCAUGCGUGUACUAUUUAAUCUUACUCGUCUACUCUUAUUCUACAUAAUCACCUUUGAUGAAUCACUAAAUCACCUCCACAACCAAGACAAUUAACGAUGACUGUUAUCAAAACAGUUACAACUCCAGUCAUGGAAGUGACAAAAACCGCUGAAUCCUUGAAAGUCGAUCGUAAAGGGCGACUGUUGAUACCGACUCCAACGAAUGACCAAAAAGACCCUCUCAACUGGCCAUUAUGGCGUAAAUCCGUCUGCCUUAUAAUAGUCAUUUAUGGCUACUUCAUGUUGACUUAUUUCACUACCACUAUCAUUCCUUCAUUUGGCUUUCUCGAAGAACAGCUCGGCAUAAAUUAUUCACAGGUUAGCUGGAGCUUUGCACUCCCGUGUCUUGGCCUUGCGACCAGCCCGCUCUUGUUGGGAGCAUUGGCGGAUAUUUAUGGCCGAAGACCAGCCUUGAUUGCAAGCACGGCGUUGGCUGUAGUUGCAAGCGGAUGUACCUCGAUCAAAACCAUUAAUUUCGGUGGUUAUAUGGCGGCGAGGUUCUUUCAAGGCUUCGGGGCGGGACCAUCCGCGAAUAUUGGCCUCGUGAUUAUCCAUGAUAUUUCUUUUGAGCAUGAAAGAGGGUUGAGGGUGGGCAUGUGGACAAUUGCGGCAAACACUGGAACUGUACUCGGUGGUGUCUGUAAUGUCACUACUCUUGUUCCUGACGCUUACCCUAACGACUCUCCUGUUGUUCAGGGAUUGCUUCUGAUAGGUCUCUUGGUGGGCUUGCUUGUUGCCGAGUUUGUCUGCUCCGGAAAUCUGAGCGAUAUGUUAAUAGACCGUCUGGCUAAAAAGAACGGUAACGUACGCGUUCCCGAAAUGAGGCUCUGGCUCGGAUAUCCGGCAGCCGUUAUCUCGUCUGUAGGACUUGUUCUCUGGGGUCUCAGUGUUGAUCAGAAUAUGCACUGGAUGGUUGGUCAGGUAGCUUUUUUCUUUUACGCCCUCGGGUUGCAAAUGGGAAAUACGGUUUUGUCUGCCUAUAUUGUGGAUAAUUAUCCUGAACACGCAAAUGAAGUAAUCACAUUCUAUACUGUCAUCAUUAAUAUUUCGGCAUUUAUUAACCCCUGGUUCAUUUACUAUUGGGUUGAAGGCUCAGGUUACACCUGGACGUUUGCAGCACAAUGCAUAAUAUGCACAUUUGGUCUAAUUCCACUAUAUAUUCUUCUCCAUAUUUACGGCCCUCAACUGCGGAAUGCUCGACCAAUGUAUAAUAAGCACAUCGAGGGAUUGCCCGCAACCGCGAGUUCAUCAAAUGAGAAAUACUUGACUCAAACAACCGAUGGCAGUGCAAUGGUAGAGCAAAAGCAGGUUGGGUACUAA